GCUUCCUGAACCUUUAAAAGGCCCAGCAGGACCUGCUGUACCUGUGUCGAUACUGGAGCCUCAGCAGCUCCCCAAAGCCUGAGUGCUGUUUUUCUUCAAACUAACUUGUGUAAAUUAUCUUUUUCCUUAGGGCAGCAAAAGAAUAUCCCAGAUUCUUGGGUGAAUUCCUGUUGCUUCUGCAGACCACUUUGGGAUAAUGGGUACAAGGCUGUUGGCAGUGCUGUUUGCCCUAGCUGGCUUGCUGCAGGUAGCUGCGCUCCUGAAAAUUGCAGCUUUCAACAUCCAGAGUUUUGGGGUGACCAAGAUGUCCAACACUACCCUCUCCAGCUACAUUGUGCAGAUCCUGCGCCGCUAUGACAUCGCCCUCAUCCAGGAGGUCAGAGACACUCACUUGACGGCUGUAGGGAAGUUGCUGGAUGAACUCAAUAGGGACGCACCAGACACCUAUCGCUUUGUGGUCAGUGAACCGCUGGGUCGCAACAGCUACAAGGAACAGUACCUUUUUGUGUACAGGCCUGACCAGGUAUCUGUGUUGGACAGCUACCAAUAUGAUGAUGGCUGCCAGCCCUGUGGGAAUGACACCUUCAGCCGUGAGCCUGCCAUUGUCAGGUUCUCCUCCCCACUUAUAAAGGUUAGAGAUUUUGCCAUCGUGCCCUUGCAUUCAGCUCCAACAGAAGCAGUGGCUGAGAUCGACGCUCUCUAUGACGUCUAUCUAGAUGUCCGGCAGAAGUGGGGCCUGGAGGAUGUCAUCCUGAUGGGCGACUUCAAUGCUGGCUGCAGCUAUGUAACCUCCUCGCAGUGGUCCUCUAUCCGCCUACGUACAAACCCCGCCUUCCAGUGGCUGAUUCCUGACACUGCUGACACCACAGUGACAUCCACACACUGUCCCUAUGAUAGGAUCGUGGUUGCGGGAUCUCUGCUCCAAAGCAGAGUUGUUCCAGGCUCCGCUGGUCCUUUUGACUUCCGGGCAGCAUAUGGAUUGACUAAACAACUUGCUGAAGCCAUCAGUGACCAUUACCCAGUCGAAGUGACGCUGAAAGCAGCCUAACACACGUGGUAGCUGAUGACGCACAGCAUGGAAGGUAUAGUGCCCCUUCCCCCCACUUUGGUGGGGACACCAAGAAUGGGGCUGGCACUGCAGCACUCUACCUUCUCAGAGCCUGAACUAAAGAGCUAACAUGGAUGAAGAAAUAUAUUUUAAUUAAGAUAAAUAAAGCUCAAGAUGGUAGUA